CCCGCCCCUCCCGGGCAGAUCCGAGCUGGCCUUGGGAGGCUGGCUUCCUUGCCUCGACAACUUGAGGACUCUGCAUCUGCUGCGAGACCAUGUCUAGCAACGGGUCAGAUGUCCCUACUGAAGUCCAGGCUGCUGUGGAAGAACCUGUCCCACAGCCCAGCGUGGUGGGCCGCAUGGCCAACCUGCCUCUCAUCAGCUCCACGUGUGAGAUGGUGAGUGCCGCGUACGCCUCCACCAAGGAGAGCUACCCCCACGUGAGGACCGUGUGUAACGUGGCUGAGAAAGGCGUCAAGACCCUCACUGCAGCCGCGGUCAGCGGGGCACAACCCAUCUUGUCCAAGCUGGAGCCCCAGAUUGCGACGGCCAGUGAGUACGCGCACCGCGGGCUGGACAGAUUGCAGGAAAGCCUGCCCAUCCUCCAGCAGCCGACGGAGAAGGUUCUGGCGGACACUAAGGAACUGGUGUCAUCUACAGUAUCUGGAGCCAGAGAAAUGGUAUCCAACUCAAUGAUCAGUGCAAAGGACACAGUGACCACUCGGGUGACUGGAGCAGUGGAUAUGACCCGGGGGGCUGUACAGAGCAGCGUGGACAUGACCAAGUCAGCAGUGACCAGCGGCGUCCAGUCAGUCAUGGGCUCCCGAGUGGGACAGAUGGUGAUUAGCGGAGUGGACACGGUGCUGGUAAAAUCAGAGGCCUGGGCGGACAACCGCCUGCCCCUGACGGAUGCAGAGCUGGCCCUAAUUGCCACGUCCUCCGAGGACUCGGACAUGGCCUCGCUGCAGCAGCAGAGACAGGAGCAGAACUACUUCAUCCGGCUGGGCUCACUGUCGGAACGGCUACGCAACCACGCCUAUGAGCACUCACUGGGCAAGCUGCGCAAUGCCAGACAGAGUGCGCAUGAGGCCAUGCAGCAACUCAUGCAUGCGCUCAGCCUGAUGGAAUCUGUGAAGCAGGGUGUGGACCAGAGGCUGGGGGAGGGGCAGGAGAAAUUGCACCAGAUGUGGCUCAGCUGGAACCAGAAGACACCCCAGGAUGCAGAAAAGGACCCAGCUAAGCCAGAGCAGGUGGAGGCCCAGGCGCUUAGCAUGUUCAGGGACAUUGCCCAGCAGCUACAGAGCACGUGUGUGGCCCUGGGGGCCAGCAUCCAGGGCCUGCCUGGCCACGUCCGAGAGCAGGCCCAGCAGGCCCGCAGCCAGGUGGACGACCUUCAGGCCACUUUCUCCAGCAUCCACUCCUUCCAGGACCUCACAGCCGGUGUUCUUGCCCAGACCCGCGAACGCAUAACCAGAGCCCGGGAGGCCCUUGACCACACUGUGGAGUACGUGGCCCAGAACACACCAGUCACGUGGCUGGUGGGCCCCUUCGCUCCUGGAAUCACUGAGAAAGCCCUGGAAGAGAAGUAGAGACAGGUCGGGGCCAGCAGCUGGUUUCAGCCAGCUUUUUCCAAUAAUCCUGUUGCAUACUAGGUCCUCAGCUACUCUGAGUCUGAAGAAGUGGUUAACCUUCUCCCAUCAGUCUUUUGAAGAAGAAGAAAAACUCUAGAAUGUUCUAGGAGAAAAAUUUUUUUCGAGAAUGUUCUAGAAAAAAAAAAAUCCCUAAAAGAAAAAACAGGGUAACCAGUAGUAAUGGCACAUUCCUGCCAUCCUAUGCCAGCACUGUGGCGGGAGAGGCAGGAGGAUCAAGAAUUUUAAGCCGGGGCUGGAGAGAUGGCUCAGAGGUUAAGAGCAUUGCCUGCCUUUCCAAAGGUCCUGAGUUCAAUUCCCAGCAACCACAUGGUGGCUCAUAACCAUCUGUAAUGGGGUCUGGUGCCCUCUUCUGGCCUUCAGGCAUACACACAGACAGAAUAUUGUAUACAUAACAAAUAAAUAUUUUUUAAAAAAAAAGAAUUCUAAGCCAGACGCUGUAUAGCAAGCAGAGUCAGUGAAAGCCUGAGACUCACUUAAGACCACGGCCUGAUGAUAGCCCAUUCCUGUUGCCUUUUCUACGGCAUGGACCAUCAUAGCAAGCGGUUUCCUAUCCUAACAGUUGGUCCUCAUGGUGUGGACAGCAGGACGUGAAAUUGUUUCAGAUGAGAAAGUGGCUGAGGACUGAGUGUCCAGUGUUCCUCAAACCCUGGGGUUCAGUAUUGCUAUAAUAAAUUUUAUGACCAUCAGAGGCCAGGCGGACAGUGUGUGUGUGUGUGUGUGUGUGUGUGUGUGUGUGUGUGUGUUCCUUUCGCUGCUGAGCCACCCUGGCAGAGGAGCAGGAGGGGCCCAUUGCCGGGUUUCCCUCCUGUGAGGUGUAGGGGAGGGGGGUGGUAAGGUGCAGCAGACUGAACAUAAUCUUCCAAACACGGCUGUUCCCCUUGAUCUGGAGACAGGAGGAUUAGGAGCUCAAAUUUCACCCUUGGCUGCUGUAGGAACUUCUUCAGCCAGUGGCUUUUUUUUUUUUAAAUAUUUAUUUAUUUAUUUAUUAUGUAUACAAUAUUGUCUGUGUGCAUGCCUGCAGGCCAGAAGAGGGCACCAGACCUCAUUACAGAUGGUUGUGAGCCACCAUGUGGUUGCUGGGAAUUGAACUCAGGACCUUUGGAAGAGCAGGCAAUGCUCUUAACCACUGAGCCAUCUCUCCAGCCCCAGCCAGUGGCUUUUUUAAGUGAGGGGCUGAGGGCGUGGUCAGGGUGGAACCCCACCUAGAACCCCCAGUAAGGGGCUGGGGGCGUGGUCAGGGUGGAGCCCUGCCUAGACACCCCCCCCCCCCGUGAAGGGCUGGGGGCGUGGUCAUGGGGUACAGUUCCCCCUUCCCACCUAUUAUCUCCCAGUGAAGGGUUGGGAAGAAUGGCUUACAUGUACACACCACUUCCCAGUGAUUGUAAACUGCUUCUGCUUUUCUGUUUUCACAAUUUAGUUUCAUCAGUUUUUUUGUUUUGUUUUUUGAGACAGGGUUUCUCUGGGUAGCUCUGGCUGUCCUAGAACUUGCUCAGUAGACCAGGCUCUCCAACUCAUAGAGAUCCACCUGCCUCUGCCUCCCAAGUGCUGGGAUUAAGGGUGUGCUCUGCCAUUGCCGGGCUAGUUUCAUCAAUUUAAAAACAUGCCUGUAAUCUAAGCAUCUGGGAGACUAAGUCAGGAGGAUAGCUAAAGUUCCAGGAUAGAGUCACAUACAUACAAAGACUGCUUCUUUUUUUUUCUUCUUUUUCUUUUUGAUUUUCGAGACAGGGUUUCACUGUAGUUUUAGAGCCUGUCCUGAAACUAGCUCUUGUAGACCAGGCUGGCCUCGAACUCACAGAAAUCUGCCUGCUUCUGCCUCCUGAGUGCUGGGAUUAAAGGCGUGCGCCCCACCACCCGGCCAAGGACUGUUUCUUAAAAUACUAAAUAUCCAGAAAUAUCUUUCUAAUUUUUUUUUGUUUUGUGUCCUUGUGAAGUCUCAGCGGGUCUUCUUUGACCUACAGACACACACACACACA